AUGUUUACAGGUAUUAUCGAAGAGAUUGGCACAGUUGCGUCCAUACAGGAACGUGAUGACUUGGCGCUGUGGAAUGGUGAGCGUGGUAAAGGUUUUGAGCUCGUCGUCUGUGUUAAACUGGCGCUAGAGAGUGCCUACUUGGGCUGCAGUAUCGCUAUCAACGGCACGUGUCUGACCGUCACGCGCAUUGACGACGACCGUGUGGCCUUUGGAUUGGCACCUGAAACAUUGCGUCGUACCAACCUAAGCAAACUUCAAACAGGCCAUAAGGUGAACGUGGAGCGCAGCAUGGGCGUGGAUGCGCGGAAUAGCGGUCACUUUGUGCAAGGUCAUGUGGACGGCAUGGGCGCCAUCUUGUCCUUCACACGGGAGAACGACUCGCUCUGGGUCAAGAUCGCUACGACAUUAGAGAUCUUACGCGAUAUUGUACCGAAGGGAUACAUUGCCGUCGAUGGUACAAGUCUCACGGUAUGUGAGGUCGACCGCACCAAUGGCUGGUUCUCUAUUAUGCUCAUUUCGUACACGCAAAACCAUAUCAUUCUUCCAUUCAAAAAGGUCGGUGAUCACGUCAAUCUGGAGCCAGAUGUGCUGGGCAAGUACGUUGCACGCUCAAUGGGUGGCGUACUUGAACGAGUAGACACACUGGAACAUCAGUUGCAGCUUGUGAUGCGCGUGACGAUAGGACUCGCAAUGGUUGCUAGUGCUUUGGGAGUAGCUCUUGUCAUUCGGAAGUGA